GAACCCCCGGAGCUAAAGUGGCUAAUGUUUAACAGAUUAGCAUGUUGAUGAAUCUCCCCAGUAACACUCAAACUAUGCUCAUUUCUGUCAUACUGUACCUUUGGAUAAGUUUAUGAAGACGGUUAUUUAAAAGUGUGAUUUGCACUGUUGAUCUUUUGGAAUUUGAGAUAAUGCCCAACAAAGCCCAAGAGGAUGCUGUAAUUAACCUGAAGACCCUGCAGGAGAUUUCCAGCCAGCUUGGUUUUGAGUGGACAGUUCUGGCAUAUGAGCUUGGCUUCAACAGAACCGAGAUUGGGCGAUUCCACACCAAGUCUACAGAGAAGAGUGUCCAGGCUAAGACCAUGCUGGAAAGCUGGUAUAGUUUGUGUGCAUAUGUGAAUAACUUGAUGUUGUGGUAUGAGAAGUCAUGGGACAAGCCCAAUAAGACCAAGCUGCUGCAAGAUGGACUGGAGCGAGCAGGCAGAAGGGACUUGGCCGAGAGGCUGCACUGCCUCCACUGGGGCCAUCAGAAGCUGAGUCGUAGGGUUGAGCUGCCGUCCGCCUUUCCUUUCCUCAUCACAGUCCACAAGACCAUCCGCAACCAAGAUGCACUACUCAGGAUCAAUGACCUCAACCGUAGAUACACUUAAAGCUCUGUAAAAUGCUCCUAGCUGUGUGGUUAUGCAUAGUUCUCACUUUACAAGCAUACAAUAACAGUAGGCUUUACUGCACACUGUAAGUAAUAUGAAAUAAAUGUAUUUAAUGUCACUUAAUGCCAAACCAUGGGCCAUACUUGUAGUCAAUUUUUUUCUUGCAUGACGUUUAUGCUUUGCAAAAAAGAUGAAAAGUAAAUUUUUGGGCCAAGUUAAAAUUCCCUUUAUUCCAUUAAAAUUAUUAUUUUUCUUUUAUUGCCGUGAAAAACUUCAAAUUGCUUGUUUUGUCUGAGGGACAGCGCAAAGCCAAAAGCUAUUCGAUUUACAGUGAUGUUAAAAGAGAAUGACAUUUUUUCAUGACACGCGACAGAAG